AUGAAGACUCUCCUGAUCGUGCUGGUGUGUGUGGGCGUGGCCUCCUGCCAGGAUGGGUCCUACAUCCUUGAUUCCAGAGGCGUCGACGACCAGCAGGGGCUCCUUCCAGCACGACUGCUCUACGACAACUACGAGGCCUUCUCAGACGCCUUCAGGCAACGAUCUCAGGAGAUGGCCAAGGAGUACAGCUUGGACCAGACCGUUAACAACGACCCUAACCCCGAGUACACCUGGGCUUAUGCCGUCGACGCCAAAUCCACCGGGGACAUGAAGUCUGCCAGAGAGGAGCGUCGAGGGGACGUCGUUGUGGGUCAGUAUUCUGUCAUGGACCCUGAUGGCACUCUGCGCACAGUCGACUACUCGGUCGCUCCAGGCACUGGAUUCCAGGCCAAGGUCACCAAGGAAAGGGUUGAUGGCGUUUCCAGCAGUCCAGUCACGACAUACAGCCAAAAGAAUCAGUAUUCCCAGUACCAAAGGCAGCAGUACAAUCAGAAUCAACAAUCCUACAGGAAUCAAAACCAGGAAUCUCGCUUCCUGAAUCAGAGGAACGACAGGAAUGAUUACCAAAAUCAGUUACAGAACCCGCAAUACAGAUAUGAAAAUGGAGAACGUUUCCAGAACCAGCAGUCAAACAGGAAUUACUUCAAGGAACAACGUUAUGGGGACAACUUCCAGAACCAACAGGAUUACUUUAACAAUGAUCAGUACAAUUCCCAAAGGAGUUUGUAUUCCAGGGAUUCAAACAACUUCCAGUCCUUUGCUCAACGUUAUGGAAACACAAACAGUCAAAAUUACAACCAGUACAACACCAAUUACAAUAACAACCAGCAAUCUCAACUCCAGAGAAAUAACAACUACAACCAGUACAACAGAGACUCAUCACAAUACAACAUAGAUAGUAGAUAUGGCAACAACUAUUACAACUCUCAGGAACAGAACAGCAGGUACAACCUGAACAACCAGAACAGAAACAACCAAUACAACCGAAAUCAGAAUGAAAACCAGUAUUACAGAAUCCAGCAGAGGAACAAUCAUAGACAACAAUACAAUAACAACAACAACAAUAACUGGAACAGGGAUUCAAACUACAACAACAACAACCCUGACUACUACCAGAGGUCACAACAGUACCAACAAGACAAUCAGUUCCAGAGGUCACAGUACAACAGAGAAGGUCAGUACCAGGGUUCCCGGUUCUCACAGAACCAGCAGAACUCAAGACAGAACUCCCAGUUCUACUCUCGCAGGAACUUCCAGAAUCAGAACAGGUACAACCAGAACUACUCUCCCAUCAGUGUGGUUCUUGCUUGA